AUGGACUCAAACAGCAAAGCCGAUACUUCUUUAUUCAUCUACAAGAAAGGAGCCUCUACUGUUUAUCUUUUAGUUUAUGUGGAUGACAUUAAUAUCACAGGCAGUGAUCCUCAGCUUAUUCAGUCGUUCAUCACUAGUUUGAAUAAAGAGUUUUCGACACCGGUGUUUAUCUCAGCCCAAGCAAAAUAUGUCCAUGAUAUUUUAGCUCGUGCAGGUUUACUAGAUUCCAAGCCAGUUGACACCCCGCUCUCUACCGCUGACACUUUUCACAGCAAAGGUGAUCCGUUUCAUGAUCCCACACUUUACCGAUCCUUAGUUGGUGCUCUACAAUAUCUCACCAUCACUCGUCCGGAUCUCUCUUAUGCGGUCAAUCAGGCGAGUCAACACCUUCAGUCUCCCACGGUCUCUCAUUUUCAGUCGGUCAAGCGCAUCUUGCGGUAUGUUAAAGGGACCAUUGCCUUCGGCUUAUGUUUUUCCAAACUAACCACUACUCAGUUAGUUGGCUACUCUGAUGCUGAUUGGGCUAGGUGCAUUGAGACCAGACGCUCGACUUACGGUUACUCUAUUUAUUUAGGUGGUAAUCUUGUCUCCUGGAGUGCCAAGAAACAACCAACUGUGUCUCAGUCAAGUUGUGAAUCAGCAUAUCGUGCUAUGGCCAACACUGCUGCAGAGAUCAUUUGGCUUACUCGUCUUCUUCGGAAGUUGCACGCUUUGCCCGUGGAUUGA